AACUCCUUUCACAUGUAUAAACCAAAAACAUAUGUUGUAGUUUUAUACUAAGGACACAAUAAACCCAACUCCAUUUUAACAAUCUCUCUCUCCCACUAGCUCCUAAUAUCCUCAUCCCCUCCAUAAACAAAAGCUGAGAAAAAAAGAAUCAAAAAUUUUCAUUUCAGAUUCAGAUACAGAAUCUGAUAUCUUUGUUUCAAUCUUUUUGAGAGCUUUCGUAGUUUAAAAAUUUUGCAACAAUGGAUAAUUCCCAUCACCAACAGCACCAGCAAAACACCAAAGAAAGCUCAUCAUCAACAACAGAUAACCAGCAACAACAACCAUCAACGGCAGCAGCGGCGGCGGCGGCGGCGGUAUCAUCAUCAUCGUCUUCAUCUCCAUCACAUGAAUUCUCUUUCGCUAUAUCUUUGAACAACAACACGAUGAUUAAUACAGAUAAAGCCAAAGCCCCACCAUCUUCUUCUUCAUCAUCAUCAAUCGCCAUUGAUUUAACACCAGCUGAUGAUAUAUUCUUCCAUGGACAUUUACUCCCUCUUCAUCUCCUUUCUCACCUUUCUACAAUCUCUCCACGUUCAUCCACAGACAGCUUCACCACCACCCUUCCUGUGCCUACUAGCAAAAGUGACAGCAAUAUCAAGAGUACCAACCAUGGCGGCAAUAACAAAACUGAAUCAACAAGGUCAAAAAAAUCCAAGUCUUUCUCUUUGUUCAGUUUCAACAAACGGCAGCAGAAAAGGGUUGUUGAAGAUGAUCACAAAGAGAAAAACAAUAAGAGAAAGAUUAGAUUUGAUGUAAGUGCUGUGUUGAAAAGGUAUUUAAAGAUGGUUAAGCCAGUGUUGUUCUUUAAAGGUAAGAAAAGAGAUAAUGAGCUUUAUCAUGUCCAUAGGCAAGUUUAUUCAUUUUCUGGGAAUUUAAGUACUUUAAGGAAUAGAAAAAGUGGGGAUCAUCAAUGUUCAUCAGCUCCUGUUUCAAUGAGGACCUCACCUACCAAUAGUGGUCUUCUUGUUCCAACAGCAAGUGAUAGUACUAUGGAAGAGUUGCAGGCUGCAAUUCAAGCUGCUAUUGCUCAUUGUAAGAAUUCAAUUAGGGGGGAAGAUAAACUUCAAUGCUAGAUUAUAGCUAAAUUUGGGUUUUUUUUAGUAGCAUUUGCAUUUGGUAUCAUUUGUUCAAAAAAUGGUUAAAUUAGUUUCUAUGCGUUAUAUUAAUGAGUAAAUUGAUCAUUUUAUUAAAAAAAAUUAUCCAUUUUUACCGUUAAAAA